AAAGGCUAGACCCCCCCUCUCUGGUCCUGCGUCCGCAUGUUCUAGCUCAUGGCCAUGCGCCGGCCGAGUUCCGCAUUGCAAAGCACUGCAGUUUCAGUCAGACGCUCCAGCCGCGAGGGCGGUGAUGAGGUGGAUGUGGCCAAACCUUACCGGCGGCCCCGGGGAGCGCUGGGCAAGAGGCACCUGCUCACCUUCCGCAAAAACCAGUUCUCCGAGUUGGUGGAGAGAACUGUAGAUGCCUUGAAGGGCACCAUCGCUGAGGCAUCCACGGAGGAUGUGCAGGAGGUGCUUUCCAAGACUCGCCGGCACUUCGACGAGGUGCGCUGCGAGGCAGACCGGAAGGAGGCGGAGCUGCUGCAGAUCCGUCAGGACAUCCGCUUCUGGGAGUCGGAGGCCAAGCCCCACGAGGACCAGGACCAUUACCAUGGCUUCGACCGCAAGCACGUCUCUGACAAGCUCAAGGAGGCCGGGGUGGAGUUGGAGCAGGCGCUGGAGACGCAGAAGGUGUACCGGCACAUGGUGGAACGACUCAUCCGCGAGCAGAACAUCCUUCAGCAAAAGGUGUCUCUGAUGGAAGGCUACCUGCACCGCAAGACCCGGGAGGUGGAAACGAAGCAGCACUUCAGCCGCCGGGUCAACGAGGACAAGGUGGGGCAAAUUGUGAAGCUGGAAAUUCUGGAGCAGGACAUGCACCUUGAGCGCAUGGUCUGCACCACCGCCAUUAGCGACCUCUCCUCUGCCAUCGAGAGGCGCAAGAAGGACGUGAGCCAGGGGGAGGACUUCGAGAACUGGCGCUACGAGGUGGCCAUGGAGGCAGCCACAGAAGCCUUCGAGGCGACUGCCGGCCGCUACAGGAAGAUCUACGCCAUCGAGAAGCUUACAGGCAACUGCUUGCAGCGCCUGACCUUCGACCAAGCCGAGCAAAGUCAGGCCACUGAGGAUGGCUUUCAAAGGAUCCGGGAGGUCACAGGCCUGACAGACGUCAUGGAUAUUGUGCACAAGUUCCUGAACCGUGAUGCGGAGCACGAGCAGCUGCGGAACACCGUGCGAGAGGCGGAGGGGCGGCUCCAUCAGCUCCAGGAGGAGGAGGCCAGCCGGCCACGAGAGGAUGCGCUGGUGGAUGCCAAGCCGGAGACAAGAGGGAUCGGCACGGAAAUCACGGAGUUCGAGCAGCUGCUGGAAGACGCGCGUCGGGAUCAUGCGGAUGUGCGGGAGAGGUUGAAGGGCAGCACUCUGCUGGUGGACAGUCUCAUCCGCUAUGCGCAGAAGCUCGGCAAAUCCCUGGCACCAGUCCGGGAGAUGCCGCAGGUGCAGGAUGUGUCCGACCUGCCUACGUUCUUCACGCAUUUGGUCCGCAUUGUGGAGGAGUUCCUUAACCGCGCGCAUGCGGAGAUGCCAGAUGCCAGGCUCAUCAAAAUGACCAACGAGGCCACCAACCGAGUCUUCACGGAGCAGGGCAAACUGUUGCAUGACAAGGAGUUCCUGCGCUCCAACUGCCGGGUGGUGACGCAGGAUCAAGGUAAGGUUGAUGACAGAGUGAAGAAGAAGGAGUCCCAGCCGGGCGAGGACGAACGCCUUGACAUGGAGUUCGCCAACGAAAGGGAGCGCCUGAAGAAGGAGGUGUCUGACAAGGUCGCCGAGCGGGAUGCCCGCAUGCCCAAGGGCCGAUCACAGCUGGUUCGGAUCCGGCGCCGGGACAGCCAUUGAACGGAGUCUCACCCUUGCUGACCGAAUCACGUGCGAGGAAGGAGU